AUGACAACCGCUACGACCACUACUACCACAACUUCAACAGCCCUUCCACUCUGCAAUUCAAGUUGCGUUUCAACUUCAAUAUCUAACACAUCACUUAUUGCUUUCUACACAUUUGAUUCAGUUUUCACUGAUUCAAGUGGUUUUUCCAAUACUCUAAGUGGCACUUAUCAAUCAUUUGUUACUGGUUAUGUGAACAAUGCCGUUAGUUUCAUUUAUGCCAACUCACAACGUCUAACUUCCAGUCAAAUAAUGAAUUUUUAUCAAUUAUCAUGGACAAUGGAAUUUUGGUUCCUAAGGACCGCAAGCACAACUGUUACUUCAUGUUUCUUUGGACAAACCAUUUCAAGUAGUCAUGAUAUGGAAUUAUUUCUAGUAACAACAAAUAAUUUAUUGUACUUUGGGUUUUAUGGUGAUGACACAAGUGGUUCGACGACUAUUUCAGCAAAUACAUGGUAUCACGUUGCAUGGGUAUUUGAUUACACGAAUCGAAUUAGACAGAUUUAUCUGAAUGGGUGA